AGGGAGGAGAGAGUCCGGAUGUUCGGCACAUCAUCCCGGGGAGCGGAGCGCAGAGGUACAGCUGCUUGAGUAGGACCUGGAGCCGCGUGACUCAUCUGCUGCUUCAAAACGGAACCGAAUCAAAAGCGACAAAACAAAAUAGCACUGAAAAUGGCACUCUCCUGGAGGCUGCUGCUGGCGUUCCUGUUUGCCAUCCUGGCUCUGUCACAUGGUGCGGAUCCUGGAGCUCCUUAUGACAAGAGGAGAAAGGCGCAAACUUCGGCAGGAGGCAGCAAUGCCCUACAAUACCCUCCUCAAGCCCAGCAGAGACCCAGCUACAACAGGGAUCGCAGCCAGAGGAGCCGCUCCAAGGCCGGAGCUGGGCUCCUUUCCCACAGGACCCUGCACCCGCUGCCCAGACCCGAGGAUGAUGGGACAGGUCUGGAGGGUCUGAGCCCGGUGAGAGUAGAAACGGGUCCCAGCAGGGAUAGAGCUCGACAGAGUUUGAAAAGUCGGCCCAUGGCUCAGGAAAACCAGCUCCUGGGGAUGCAGAUGGGAGGAGGGAACAGGCAUGGACACCCGUUUGAGUACAAGAGACAAGGAAGCAGGCGUGACAAGAUGCGACACAGAAAAGGGUUUCCUUCAGAGCCUGAGUUCAGCGCGGCGUUGAAGGACAGAGACCGAUUUGAGGAUUCUCCCCCCUCCUUGUCCUCAUCGACCACCUCCCCCUCUCUCAGCAUGACCCCACCCAUUGAACCUCCCUCCCCCAUCAUUAGCCUCCUUGGCUCUGGCUCCUCCGUGGUUACCACAGCGACGAACGAGCAUCCCCCAACACUGCCCCCGGCCUCCACCAAACCCCAGAGACAAGGACAAGGAGAGGUGAUGCCAACCCUGGACAUGGCACUCUUUGACUGGACAGACUAUGAGGACAUGAAGCCUGUGGACACUUGGCCGUCUUCAAAGAAGAAAGACAAAAGACGGAGCAAGAACCUCAGCAGUGGAAACAUGACUGUGGGCGGUGGUGCAGUGGAGCCGUGCGAUCACCACCUGGACUGCCUCCCAGGUUCCUGUUGUGAUCUGAGACAACACGAGUGUACACCUCACAACAGAGGCCUCAACAACAAAUGCUAUGAUGACUGCAUGUGUGAGGAAGGGUUUCGUUGUUAUGCUAAAUUCCACCGGAAGCGGCGCGUGACAAGGAGGAGGGGCCGCUGUGUGGCGCCGGACUCGGUCAGCAGUGACCACGGAGGCUUCAUCACUAUAUGAGGAUGAGGCGGAGGAGGAGCCUGAAGAAUAACCACACCACCACUCUAACAAAAGCAACAGGAUACACACAGCUAACAGAUUCAACAAUCUCCUCCUACUUUUUUCACAUCAAAUCUAGAAUAUUUACCAGUCACAUUCAAACAUCUGGUCAACUAACCCCCCCCCCCCCCCACCCCCACCCCAAAAAAACCAACUGCCGAAUAAACUGGAAAUGUUUCAUUAUGGAAUAAGCCAUGCAUCCUAUCCAGCAGAGUUUACGCCAGCAUUGAUAAACGAAGAUGUAUCGGUUCAUCAGGUCCUACAUGAACGUGUUUCUACUUGAAAUCCCCUCAGCCACUGACCUUUCACCAAGUUAGCUUUGUAGAUACGACAGAUAUUUAAUGUUAACUGUUUAAUGUGUGUCUUAGUUUUAAGCAAAAACAGGUUUUAAAUUUAAAAAAAAGAUUUUUUUACAAAAGGUUUCCGUUGAACAAUUGAGAGCACACCAACUUAGACAGGUCUCGUAAAAGAAAAUGUUCCAUUUGUUCUUCUGCUUUUUAGAGGUUUCUGAAGUUUAUUUGACCUGAAAUGAACCAAAUCAUCUUCAAAUCAAACAAAAAGGAACAUCUAAUCUAAUAAACUUAACUCCACCUUCUCUCCUAAAUAAAAAUACGCCAAGGAGAUUUUUAAACUGCUGCCACCAUUCAAAGGUUAUGAUGUAGAAAAUGUCUGUUUACUUUGCAUUUAUUGAGUCCUAAUAUUUGUUAAUUGUUGUUAUAUUUAUUCUUUACUCGAAUAUGGUGUCUGUGUUUUCCUGCAUUUUCCGUUUUUGUCAUUAAAAACUGAGAUAAAGAAA